UAUGCAGCCAAGAGAAUGUUGGGCAACAGGUGGGGUUUGAAACCAAGAAUUCUGCACUGGAUGUACACAGCUAUAGUCCGACCCAUAAUCUCUUAUGGGGCGCUGGUUUGGUGGCCAGCCCUUACUAAGGAUUACAUAGAUAAAAAGAUAGGCGGAAUUCAAAGGUCAACAGCCGCUAGCGUAACAGGCGCAAUGAGAUCUUGUCCGAAGGACGUUUUGAACGUCCUUCUUGACUUAUUACCUAUAGAUAUCUUCAUAGAGAAUUCAGCUGCUAAUAGCGCCAUCAGACUGCGUGCCCUGGGGCUCUGGAAGGAAAGACCGUUCGGGCACGGUUCCAUCAUACACGCAAUACCGUCUGAAAUUAAAGCGCUGCCCAUUGACUAUAUCCUGUCGAAGACCUGGGUUCACCAUAAACCCCGCACGAAAUUCGCAAGCCGCAGUGACUGGAACCAGGAAGAUUUCGGGUACUUGCAGGGCUUAACCGUCUUUACGGAUGGGUCAAAGAUGGAAUGCGGUGUUGGUGCUGGGGUAUUCAUUGAGCAAUAUAACCUAAAAUUAUCCUUCCGCCUACCAGACUAUGCAGGCGUUUUCCAGGCCGAAACGUUUGCUAUUAAGGAGGCAGUAAGCAGUGUUGCCAACUUUUGAUUUUCAAAAAGCACCAAAA